AUGGAGGACCCUCUCGACACCGCCGCCGCAAAGAAGAAACCCGCCUUUGCAUUCUGGGACAGGCAGCGCAAGGAUAGCCAUUCCACAUCACCCACAAUGCAACGCUCAUCCUCGUCCCAGCACUCGGCACAACCAGCUGCUGCCAACACAGGCCUCAGCGGCGUCCAGCGACUCAUCCAGCAGUACUCGCAACCCAACCAGGCCGCCGCUUCCUCCUCUUCAUCCUCGGCACUCACUCCCGAGCGAUCCAACUCCACCUCCAGGCACUCGCCUAGCUCCUCGCGUGUCUCGCCUUCACCCAUCCCGCCUACCACCUCCUCUGCCUCCACCUCGAGCCAAACUCUCGACCUGCUCCCAAACGCCGACACCACCAAACAGGCAGAGGCAGAAAAGGCAAAACGGCGUCGUCGCUUGCUCCAGGACCAACUCCGCAAACGCAACUCCAACAGGCGCUCCUCCGGCCCCGUCGACAUCAACAGCAACUCGGCCACACUCUCAUCCGAUGAAGAUGAUGGCGAAGAGGAAGAAGAAGACUCGCGCAUCGCGUCCGAGUCCGACUCCAAUCCCCCAUCCGGAAGUGCACCCGACUCCGACGCCUUCCACGACGCCAGCUCGCGUCUCGUCACUCCCGCCAAACCGUCGCCCUCCACCGCCGUCCAAUCGAGGCCGCCAAGGCAGUCGCUCGAAGACACGCGUCCCUGGCUCGAAUUCAGCCCUCUGCUCCCAGACUCGGAGCUGCUCGAGAGCCCGGGCAAGCAGGCCACUCCCAGUUUCGCUCUCCUCCAUCGCUCCACCCCCUCCGAUCUCAGCACCCCCACCAGCCGCAGCAGCGCAACCACAGAUCCACCACUUCUCACGUCCAGCGCACGUCCUUCCCCAUCGCGCUCCAACUCGGCUUCCAUGCAUGCCUCCGGCUCCCCCGCCUCUCCCACCGGCCUCGGCUUGGCCGCCGCCACUUCCUACCUCUCCCUCAACUCGCCCACCCACUCCUCGCACCCACGUUCCUAUCGCAACACAAAGCUGCCACCACCAAGGCCGUCCCCACAGGCGCCCCUGCCUCCGCCUCCCUCCGAGGCCUCUUCCACGCAUGCAUCCCCACAGCCGCAUGCCUACUCGUCUCGCUCCGCCGCAAGGCCCGCGCCACCCAUCGCUCUCAACAACGACGACGCCGACGUUUUUGGUGGCCAAACGCUGCGUUCGAGGAGCUACAGCCUCGAACAAGAAGUCGCCUCGGCCGAUGCACAACAACGCCAGCAUCAGCAUCCGCAACCGACUCCACCACCAGACAGCGCACACACACAUGCAGCAGCAGCAUCGUCGUCGUCAUCGUUGGCAGUGCCCAUCAUCCGUCAGCGCAGCAACUCGCUUCAACGCACACAGCCCGACGACAGCGCGUCCGCUUCCAGACCGCCAAGGUCGGCCUCCUCCAGCUCCACCAAGCCGGUAGGCGCAGGCAGACCCAGAGGCUUCACCGUAGGCGCCGUGCCCGCUCCCCCGCCCUCCCUUCGUGGCGGCGCUCCCUCGUCUGCACCCAACAAGUCCAGACCCAGAUCGCUCCUCUCCAACGAAAUCUUGCCGCUCGAUCUCGCAGAGCCAAACUACGCUUCCUCCACCGACGCACGCAAAGCACUCAGCAUGGACAUUGACCGUCGCACCGCCUCCAACAGAGCUUUGACAUCCGCCAGCCUCAGCCGCGGUCCCUCGGCCACCUCGCAGGCCGAACGCGAUGCAGCCUCAUCCUCCGCCACCACCAACACCGAUCGACUCCAACCCGACUCCACAGAGCGCCGUCCAAGCGCAGGAGGUAGGAGCCGCAGCGGAAGCAGCGCAAGCCUCUUGCAGCAGGUCAACUCGCAGCCCAAAUCGCACGCCAGCUUCGUCAUCGCCGUCGUCGGCCAUGCGCAGUCGGGCAAGUCCACCGUAAUCAAGAAGGGCCUCCGCCAAUUCGGACUCUCGAAACCGCACGUGCUCUCCGAAAAGGUCACCUCCCACUCCACCGUCUGCGUCGUCGACCAGGAGCAGAGGACCAUCGAGGUGCUCGAGAUCGACGCUUCCGUGCUGCUCAACGGGCCCAGCAAGCGAUUCGCCUGGCCCAAGUUCCUCCCGCAUAUCGACGCCGUCAUCCUCUGCUACGACGCCGCCGAGAUCGCCUCGUUCCGCGGCAUGUCGGAGCUGCUCGAAAACUUUGCCGUCGCCAACCUCAGCACCGUCAUGCUCGCCUGCAAGUCCGAGGUGCAUCCCAAGGCCGUCGACCCCUACUACGCCAGCGACAUGGCGUGCAUCUACAACGUCGGCCUCGCAGAGUGCACCGUACAGAGCGAGGAAGGCAAGAAGCGCAUGCGCGACUGCUUCUCCUACCUCGUCAAAGAAGUCGCCAAGGUCAGGAGCGGUCGAUCGCGCCGCGGCACCGCCAGCACCGUCCCUGUGAUGCCAGCAGCAGCAGCGACGCAAACGCCGUCGCAGCCCCUCAGCUCACCCACGCAGCCGACCAUGCCGAGCCGCACCGCCUCGGCCACUUCCCACGCGAGUUCGCAGGCGGACCCAGCCGACGCAGCUCACGCAGCCUCGCUCUCGCCCGUCGUGUCAGCAGAUCCGCGCGCGAGAGGCUACAGCAACGCCAGCUCGAGCGCAACGCGCAUCACCACCGGCGGAGGCGAGUCGCCCGGCCUCCAGUCGACCUUCCCUUCUGACCCGAAGCGCGAUCUCGCCUCGGACGCGUCCGCGUCCGCUGCUGCGAGUCACGAUUCGCGCCUGAGCCUGCGCAAGAUGAGCAGCGCCACCGCCGGAUCCUCCACCUCGGACGUGCCCUCUUUGCAGUCGCACGACGAGCUCGGGCUGCACGACAGCCUGCAUCGUGCGCAGAUGGGCCUGCAGAAUGCGCGCGCCACCGGAGGCUACGUGUCGAUCGAAGAGCUGUGGGACAAGCUCUUCCACGCCGCCAUCUCACGCACCGACGAACGCUUCGUCACCAUGUUCAUGGUCUUCUACCGCGGAUUCGCCACGCCGCUCGACCUGCUUCGCCAGAUGAUGGCGCGCUUCGACACGCUUACCGCCGAGGCCGUCGCCGACGGCUUAGUGCAUCGAUUUGCGCUCAUUCGCCUCACGAGCAUGCUCGGCGACUGGGUGCUCGACUACCCAGGCGACCUGAGCAAUGCCGAGACGCAUGCGCUGCUGCUCCGAUACCACCACCAGCUGCUCCACCAUCCUGACACCGUGCACACAGCUACGCAGAUUCAAAAUGCGGUCGAGGCGACCGCUCGAGCACCCGACCUGGACGCGCUUUGGAGCAAGGCGGUCAACAGCGAUCAGACGCGCCACAAGGGAGCCAGCGCGAUCGCAGGCGACGUCGACGGGGGCCUGUCCGCCAGCCACUCGAGCAGCAGCCACCUCGCUCUGGCGACGGCGUCGGGCAACACGAGCCACGACAUGCUGGAUGGUGACACGCUCGGCGCCGCCGCGCACGACCGGUCCGACACGCACGAGAGGACGGGAUCCGAGAGCAGCCUCGUGAUGCCGCCGGACGCGGGCGUGGGAGGGCGCUCGCGCAGUGCGUCGGAUCUCACCACGUCGUCGACGGAAGCACCGGCGGCGCUGCUCGGCUCGGACGACCGCGCGGGUGUGUCGAUGUCGAGUGGCGUAAGUAGCGUCAGCGCGCACACGCAGACGUCGACGGGCGGCAGCACCACAGCGAGCGGCACAGCAACGCAGGCGUCGGUGUCGUCGACGAGCACCGAGGCGUUGGCGAGCACGACGGGGCGUGCGCUCGACCAAAAGGCGGUGCUGCGCAGCAUCUCGAACACGCUCAUGGAGGUGGACGACGAGGUGAUCGCCACGGAGCUCACGCGGCUCGAGUGGGCGUACUUUACGGCGAUCCAGCCGCGCGAUCUGCUGCGCCACAUCCUCGUGCCGCACGACAAGCGCGACGGGCCGGUGUCGCGCUCCAUCUCGCACUUCAACUACAUGUCCAACUGGGUGUGCUCGAUGAUCCUGGCGCAGGGCAAGACGAAGCAUCGCGCACGCAUGCUCGAAAAGUUUUUCAACAUUGCGUCGAUCCUGCGGCACGACAACAACUACGGCUCGCUCAACAGCGUGCUGGGUGGCUUGAGCAAGACGGCGGUGCAUCGGCUGAAGCAUACGCGCGAGUUGCUCAAGGGCAAAGCGGUGAACAAGGCGUACCAGAGCCUGGUGCGGCUCAUGUCGAACGAGCGCUCGUCGGCGGCGUACAGGUUGGCGCUGGAGAAUUCGGACGGGCCGACGAUUCCGUAUGUGGGCGUGCAUCUGCAGGACAUUCUGUCGAUUUCGGACGGCAAUCCAUCCAAGCGCGCGGCGGAUGGGAUGAUCCACUGGCGCAAGUUUUCGCUCAUGGACGAGGCGGUCAUGGCGGUGGCGCGGUGUCAGCAGUACGACCGCUACAUCAAGCCGAACGCGGCGGUGGAGAAAUUGAUCGUCGAUGUGCCUGUGAUGGACGACGAGGCGCUGUACGAACGCUCGCUCAUGGUCGAGCCGCGCGCCAGUGCGGGCCCCGUGGCGGCGAGCAAGAUCAAGGACCUCAAGACGUUUCUGUCGAGCCAGACGUACUCGAGCAGCUCGUUCCAUGCGUAG